AUGAAUCUCGAUAAUUCGUCGAGAGAAAAUUCUGAAGCAUUGGAUUCUGUUGGUACCGUGAGCCCGAGGGAUAAAUAUCAAAGUAUGAGAGAAAAGAAGUUAUCCACAGCGUCACUGACAAACGCUGAAGGAGCACGUCCUAAAGUCGUGACCGUCAAGCAUCCCGAGUCUAACAAACCUAAACCCACUGCCAAAAAGAAUAAACCCAUCCAGGCUGAUCUAGAUAUAAUCAAAGAAUUCCAAAGAUGUCGUGAUGAAGGACUCAAACGGUUGGAUUUGAGCAAAUCUUCCAUAACAUGCCUCCCUCCGAAUGUACGCGAUCUAACCCACUUAGUGGAGUUUUAUUUGUAUGGAAAUAAGCUAGCAUUACUUCCUGCAGAGUUUGGCUGCUUGGUGAACUUACAAACAUUAGCAUUGAAUGAAAAUUCUUUAACUAGUUUACCUCAAUCCCUUGCCAACUUGAAGAGUUUAAAAGUCUUAGACUUGCGACACAACAAGCUCAAUGACAUCCCAGAAGUGGUGUACAAACUGACAUCAUUGACUACAUUAUUUUUAAGAUUCAAUAGAAUCAGAGUUGUGGGCAAUGGAAUAGCUAACCUGACUAAUUUGACAAUGUUAAGUUUAAGGGAGAAUAAAAUUAAAGAACUAUCCUCUGGCAUUGGUAAACUGGUGAACUUGGUAACAUUUGAUGUUUCACACAAUCAUUUAGAGCAUUUGCCACAAGAAAUUGGUAAUUGUGUUAAUUUAUCAACACUAGACCUUCAACACAAUGAGCUCCUAGAUAUACCAGAGACUAUUGGCAACCUUCAAUCAAUAACUCGUCUUGGCCUGAGGUACAAUAGACUGACUGCUAUUCCAGCUACACUCAGUAACUGUAAACACAUGGAUGAAUUUAAUGUUGAAGGUAACUCUAUAUCCCAACUGCCUGAUGGUCUUUUAGCCAGCCUAAAUGAACUGACAAGCAUCACACUUUCUCGCAACUCAUUUGGGAGCUACCCAUCUGGAGGACCAGCUCAGUUUACUAAUGUUGUCUCUAUUAAUCUGGAACACAAUCAAAUUGAUAAGAUUCCUUAUGGGAUAUUUUCAAGAGCUAAAAAUGUAACAAAGUUGAAUAUGAAAGAAAAUUUACUUACAUCCCUUCCUUUGGACAUAGGAACAUGGGUAAAUAUGGUGGAGCUCAAUUUGGGUACCAAUCAGCUGGCCAAAUUACCUGAUGAUAUUCAAUGCUUGCAAAAUUUGGAAGUGUUAAUUUUAUCUAACAAUUGCUUGAAGCGGAUACCACCCAGUAUUGGAAGCCUAAGGAAACUGAGAGUUCUUGACCUUGAAGAAAAUAAGUUAGAGGUUUUGCCAAAUGAAAUUGGAUUCUUGCAUGACUUACAGAAACUGAUAGUGCAAUCUAAUCAGCUGACAUCUCUGCCUCGCUCUAUUGGUCAUUUGACUAAUCUAACAUACCUCAGUGUUGGUGAAAACAACCUACAAUAUCUACCUGAGGAAAUUGGAACAUUGGAGAAUUUAGAAUCCUUGUACUUGAAUGAUAACCCCAACCUAUGCAAUCUUCCAUUUGAGUUGGCUCUGUGUGUCAGCUUACAAAUUAUGAGCAUUGAAAAUUGCCCAUUGACAGCAAUUCCCCCUGAAGUAGUAUCUUCAGGACCAUCACUGGUAAUUCAAUACUUAAAGUCUCAAGGUCCAUAUAGAGCUAUGUGA